ACUGGCCACGCGCAAAUCAAGGCAAAACCCUUGGUCAGCAACAUGGCCGCCACCAACAACAAUAAUCUGCAGGCGAACAACAACAGUCAGACGCCAAACAACAAUAACGAUGACUUUGACAUUGAACAGGACGAUGGCCUGCAGGACCUUGGACUGCCCGUAUCCGUGCAAACGUUUCUUUGGCGCCAAAUUGCGCCAUUCAUUAGACCACGUCUAGGCAAGCUGCAUGAAGCCAGCUGCAUGUUUUGUCAACAUGCACCUGGACACCAUGAAUCGAAGGAAGCUUGCAAGUCCUUUGAGAAAGUGCUGGUGCAGAACAUACAGUUUGGGCUGUCGCCACCGCUUACCAAGGCUUUGAUUUCCAUACCCCGCUGGCGCUUGCUGCAAGGAGCGCUGCCGCAUGUCAUGCAUGCUUGCGCUUCGCUUUUAUACUGUCGCGUCAAGGACAUGCAGGCUAUAGGUCCUGUGGAGACCAAGUUGCUCUAUACCAUGCAGUGGAUUCUGCUUUAUGCAGCUGAAGAGUGCGCCGAUGAGGAGAGCGCUGAUAUUUUGGGUCUGCCCGAUGCAGGCGAAUCCAAAUGCAAGCCCAUUGAUCAGUAUUUGUUCUCCGUGCCUACAAUAACUCUGUUUAUCUACUUGUUUGCGCCCAUUAUACAUCAUCUAAAGGAGUCGGACUUUCAAAACUUUCGCCUAGAAAAUGGCAUCAAGCUGUGGCAAGGCAUGUGGGAUAAUCGCGCGCCAGGUGCGCCUUGCUUCACAGCGCCAGUCAAGCCCAAGGCGCGCAAUUUGCUGUGUGCGCCCACGCCCAAAGGUUCCACAGAUGUGUUCCGCAAGCAUUCGCUGGGACCUGAUGCGCUGUCGCCCAAGGCGGAUUCACCACAGAGCGGACUUACUGACUUUGGCCCGCAAGAUGAGGAUGGCUCCUGGGUGUCUUCACCGAAGGAAUUCUUUCCCGAGACCAUACCUGAGGAGGCCUCCAGCGUGGAGGAUGAACGCGUAGUCAUCUUUAGGCUGCCCUCGGCGCCUCAAUUGAUGGACAACUCGUUCUUCACAGCCGAUGCCAGCUUGUUGCAACAACAGCAGCAGCUGCAACAAGCGCAGAGUCGCCGUGGCAGUCAUCAGUCCAUGAACUCGCGUGACAAGGAGAAGGCGCCCUCAACCAAGUUUGAGUUCGAUCAGCAGGAACUAACGCGUGGUGCGUCCAUGAAAGAGCGACGCAGCGCGUCCAUAGAUAAAGAAACGGAUUCAGAUAAAUCCGACAGCGUUAAGGCCGAUGUGUCGGCUGCCACAUUUCUGGACGUGGCGGUAAUGCGCUGUCUGUUCAUCUCGCACUGGCAGGAGGAGGGCAUCUUCUGGAGUCUGCAGUAUCUGUACAACAGGCUCAGCGAAAUUGGCGAGGAAGCAGCCAUUACUUUGAAUCAGCCACGCAAGCGUUCCAACUCCUUGCCAAUACCACAAAUUGAAAUCUCGUUGUACCAAGGACCUGGCAGCAAUAGUCGCGAUAGUCCUGGCAGCUCUGUAGUCAAGGACUACAUCGAAAUACCCGAAGUGGCGCCAACUGUGGCUGCUGUGCCAGAGGAAAGCAGCAGCGUUGGCAGCAAUGCGGAUCGUCGUGGCAGCGAGAAGAAGAAGCGUGUCAAAAUGGCGGAUCUGCGCGCCUUUGUGGAGACGAAAAUGUUCUCGAAGUCGGAAAAGAAUUUGGAAAAAGUAGGGCUCGAUACUAACUCAGCCAAUGGCAAGAUCACACUGCAACAUGCAGAAUAUCAUCGCAGUUUGGAUACUGGUGAGAAAAAAUUGUCACGCUCGGCUUCAAUGAUAACACGCGAACCUGCUAGCAAUCUCAUUAAAGGCAAAUCGAUGCCCAGCUUAAGAUUUUACAGAUAUGCGGAGCCAGCCAAGGCGGCAGCCAAGCCGCCACCAGCGGCACCAGCAAGCGUACAGUGCCCACGCACUACAGCCUUUUAUCCACGCAAUCCCAUUAUAACGGUAACAGAGCAUACGCCAACUCCAUCGCCGGACUAUAUGAAGCGUCAGGGCUCUGUGGACUCACAGCUGGAUGCACUGAGCAAUGGCGGCAGCAUUGGCGGCAUGCCUGGCAACGGCAGCGGCGGCGGCGGCAGCACCACCAUUCGCUAUCGUGGACCCAUGUUGCGCUCCCAUACAGAUUCGCAUAUUGAUUACACAGGCGUGGAUGAGUCGGAAGCGCCAGGCUCGUCGUUUUACAUAACACGCGAUGGCGGCAUUGAUUACGAGAUUGUUUUGCUGGCCGUAAGCUGUGUGUUCAAGCGUGAUCCUUCGCAGGUUUGCUCGUUGCGCGUGCUUGAGGCUGGGCUCAACAUCUGCGAGCUGCUGAUUGAAAUGGGCGUCUUGAAGCUGGGCGAGCAUGCACACGAGAUCUGCAUGGGCAUUACAAAGCGUGCCUUACAAGUGCUGGGCUGUCCGCAUGGCUGCAAUGAAGGUGUGCGUGGUCCGCCCGCAGAUUUUCUGCGUAAUCAGUGCCAGAAGAUAUUGUCGCGCAUGCUGCGUCAAGCUGGACAACGCACCAAGCGUUUUCUUCAGGAGAUGGUUAAAAGUUCGCCGCUGCCGGAGCUCAUUGAUUACUUUCAUGCUUUUCUGGCUUUCUGUGUGGAUCCCAGCUCACUGCUGUCGCCCUUGAGUCAGGGCGGCUACUCAACAAAUUUUAGCGGAGGCAUGAGCGGUGGCGCGGAGAGUCAAGUGGUUGGCGCCGUCUUCACCCAACUGGUCAGUAGAUUUGUUGAAGCGCAAAAGGAACUCAAGUCGCCAGAGUACUUGGCACUCUACUCUGAUAUACGACAGCUGGUGAACUAUGUGAAGGGCGCACACGGUGGUCCAUUCCGUUUAGUGGCACUCAGCGGCAUCCUGGCGGUUACACCACGUCCACACAAGAAGGGUCCCACAGCGCAAACUACAAGAGUGAUACGUCACAUACCCCAAGGUGAUAUUGUCCAAGCUGUGCAGAAUGAAGACAACCGCUCCCAGCGUCGACUGCUGCUUAAGAAACGCAGCACAUCCUCUGCCUGCGCCGUAAGCCUGCUGGAAACAGAGCCCAUUGAGGAGCACUACAAGAGCAGCCAGUCACCGUUGAGCAAUUUCCGGCGACGCACGACAGGAGUGCGGCCCACGCUGACGCCACGGCAUAGUGAGCGUGCGCUGCUCUCCGAUUCGACGUCGAGCUCGGAACGCAAUUCGCUGGGACGGCUCAGCGGCUUGGUGCGCUGGUUUCGCGGUGCGCCCAAAGAAGCAUCAUCCAUCGAUCUGGAAAUUGGUUCGCUGAAUCCGGAGAUAAGCUCCACAUUCAUGCGGCAUGCCUCGCUGAAAAUUCAGCGUGGACGAUCUAGCGAUGGCAUUGGGCGUUCCAUACAGCGCGCCAAGAGACGCGUUGAGCGGCGACUGAACCGUUUCGGCGGCAUUGUGAAGGGCAAGAAGAAGGUGGGCGGCAUUGAGGAGACAGCAGACUACAGUCGACGCAGCUCCUCGGAUAUGUGCGACGGACCACGCGAGUCCGAGGUAGUUAUACUCAAGGAGCGCAAGCUGGUGCCCACUGAGCCUGUGCGCAUUGGCAUGCUGAGGCUUUCCUUUCUGCUGGACACCUGCGCACCUGGCUCGUUUCCAGAUCCCCAGCUGGUGGCAGCAGUGCUAGACUUGCCCCAAGCUCCUUUGGUUGCACGUGCUACAUUUCUUUUGGAGUGCGCACACUUUGUGCAUCUUUGCAACAAGGGUUGGCCCAGCUGGAUGAAGCAGAGUGUUAGCGGCGGCUAUCGCGCCUCGGGCGCCAACAUUAAUCCCUCACAGAUGAAGCAGCAGACCAGUCAGACGAGCGCACGACGCACACACAUUUUGCUGCGCAAUGCGGGCAAGAUGUUCCACCAAUGGGCUGAGAUGCUGGGCGCAAGGCUGGAGGAGAUUCUCUUCACAGAGCGUUUGCAAUACGAAGCACUCAAUGCUAGUCUCACGGAUCCGGAGAAGCAACGCGAACUGCUGCAGCAGGAUGAGGAGGAGGACUUUCUGGACGAGGCCUCUGUCAAUCCACAUGGCAAUGAUUGUCCACAUGCCUUAAAACUUAUUGCCUGCGUAUUGCUCUUUGAGAUCACCGCCUUUUUGCGUGACACCUACAUCACGCUGCCCAAGGCCUCCAAGAUGAUGCAUCGCGACAGGCCCGCGCCUUGGGAGAAAGUAUAUCGCGAAGCCAAAGCCAACCGCCGCUGGUCCAUGGCGCUUAGCUCCAUGGGUCACUCGUCGGCACAGAGUCUGCAGUCCAUAGCCGCAGGCAACGAUGGCGGCGUGCAAGCGGAGCGCAAGAUUUCCUUUGUGCUGCACGAGCCGGAUAACGAGUCGGAGAACAGCAGCAACACCACCUUAACCAAGGAGGGCGAAGAGGCACGACGUCCCACUGCCUCCGCGGUGCGUCCAUUUUUGUUGCGACGCGGCACAGCGACCACCACAGGUGGUUCCUUUAAGCGGCGAUCGCUAAAGUUACGUCGUAAUACCAAGGACAGCAAGGAGAUUGAAACAGAUUUCAACAUGCAAUCCAGACGCAAGGUCUCUUCGCUCUCGGAUCGCAGCGAUACCUCGGAGCAAGGCAUCAUCAGUGGCGGCGAAGAGUCGCCGGGUAUACUCAGCGAUGACCAGCAGCCGGAGUCGCCCACAGACUCUAACGAGAACGACGAGACGGCCAAGAACAUGCCCUGGCUCAAGGCGGUCAUAGAUCUGCUUACCAGCUACAAUUACUACUGCAGCCACAAAGGCUAUUGCCAUCCGUUCUGCUACAAACGCCACAUGCGCUCCUGCACGCGCCUCAUCAAGGCCACACGCAAGGUUUACGGUGAGGAGUUUGGAUUUAGCUUUGACGCGGAUCAUCCGACAGUAGAGCCAACCGUCAUAAGCUCAGCCAAGUCCACAGCACGUCCCCGUUCCACACGCAAGGUGUCCGAGCAGAGCUCCACACAAACGUCUCCCUCGAAGCGCAAGGACAGCCUGUGCCGCAAGGAUCGCAUUAGUGACGAUCCCGACUUGGAAAUGGCAGAGAAGUUAGCGAAAGCCUUUCGCCAGGAAAAGGAAAAGAAGCUGCAGGAAGAGCCACCCAUACUAAAGUUUAUACGCAUACACAUACGAAAUCUCUUCCACUUUCCAUUGGCCACCAUGUUGAAAGGCGCUGUGGUGCUGUCAGAGGAGCUGGUCAUAGAGGCCAUGCCAGCGGCUUGGGAGCUGCUGCUAGACACCAAUCAUGACACAGCCACCUCAAGUGCCGCCGUCUUUCUCAUGGGUUCAGUGAAAGCACAAAAUUUCGCAUUUGAUAUAAUGCAGCGUGCGCUGAAGCACAAGAAUCCGGAUAUACGCAUAGGUGCUAUUCAACGCUAUCUGGUGCUGUGGAAAUGCCGCUUCCAUGUGUGGCCACGCAUGGAGGAUAAUGCGCAUGACGCCACAUUCAAAGUGCCUCCAGGUGGUAUUGAGUUUACGCUGCCAUCACCCAAAAUUGGAAUUGAAAGUCUGCCCGUGGUGGAUCCACCGUGGAUGCCAGUGCAACAAACCAAGGACAUGGAUAUGACGCUCAAUCAGGAUCGACACCGCUCUUUGGUUACGGCUACAAAAAGCCGUAAGAUGCAGCAAACGGAGGCAAUCCGAAAUGCGCUGCGGCAACAGCGGGACAAGCAGCGUGCAGAGCGGCAUAGUUUCCUCAUCACCAUGAUACCAAUUAGUCAGCAAGCCUCUCACGAACCGGGCAUGGAGCAUGAAGAUCAUGAAAUUGAAGAGGAUCUGGACGGCACACGCGCCGCUUCCUCGCACUUGCAUCAUGCUCACUCACUGUUUCCAUCAGUACUGUGCUCGUCAGUUAUGCAGAUUGUGGGAUGCCUGGAUGAUGCGGCUAUUGGUUCGGAUGGCAAUGCAGUGUAUGAAGUGGCCUACCAAGUGAUUUGGGUGUGCCUAGUGGAGGAGUCUGCACUGUUUCUGCGCUAUGUGUUUGAGCGUUUGACGCGCGAUCGCCAAGAUCAGAUGUUUAAACUGUUGCGACAUUUGAUACGCUUUGUGCCACGCCUGCCGCAGCAGGCAGCAUUUGCCUUAUACAACUCCAUAAUUGGUUAUAUUAUGUUUUAUGUGCGCUCAUCCAACGAGUUGAAGCAGGAGCUUGUGGGCUCUGCCUUGUCCGUGCUCUGGAUGGUUGUGCACUCGGUGCAUGGCAUUAUGUUCAAAGAUCUAAAGCAAAUUUUGCGCAAAGAGCAGUGUGAUGCGUCCAUAUUGCUUACAGCCAAUGUGCCUGCCGCCAAAAAGAUUGUUGUUCAUGGUCCAGCAGAUGAUGACUACAAUAUACCUUCACAGUUUCCAGUGCAGGAGGAUACGCUGUUCUGCCAGCUUCUAAAAGAAGCGCUUGACUAUUAUCCCAUAGAUGAGAAGAGCAUAAGCCAUUACUGCCUGGUGGAUUACAAGAGCAGUAAAAUACUCAAUCCCAACUGGUAUAUACGAGACUUGUACUUCUUCAAACGCUCACAAUAUCCAGAGGUGCGGCUUAUGCUUAUGCGCCCAGAGGAUUCAUUUCUGGCGCUGCAAAAACAAGAGCUGACCAAGAAGUUUGUCGAAAUUGGCAAAGUGCAUCUAACCUGGGCUAUUCUCAAGAAUGUGGACAUGGUAGUGCAACGUGUUGUCUUUCUGCAUGAGGAGUUGAUGAAACUGCCUUCGUUUCCGCGCAAAGCUUUGGAAGUGGACUUGGAUCUGCAUCAUGGCGGCGAGUAUGGCAAGGUUCUGCUCGGCUUGGACGUACUUCACAAAUUUAUGUGGGUACGGCUUAUUGCGCGCAUGUUUGAGGCUAUGGCUGGCAACUUUGCCUACUCUGCGGACAUACAACUGUUCCUUAAUGUGCUUUCCGGCGCUGCCAUGCUGCACGCCGAGGAUUCCUGCAUAAUGCGCUAUGUGAUGGCCACGUAUAUCAAUGCUGCCUUUAACUUUAAAAAUAUAUUUUCCACCAAUGGCUACUUCAUGAUCAUGCCCACCUUGCUGCAGGUGUACUCGCUGCACCAGACCAACAAGCUGAUCACCACCACCAUUGAGUACGCUGUAAAGCAGUUCUACCUGCUCAACAGAAAGCCCUUUAUAUUGCAAAUGUUUGGCUCCGUUUCGGCCAUACUGGACACCGAUGAGGAUGGCACCUAUGGCGAGGCACACAAAGUGCAGUCCAGCUGUCUGUUCAAUCUGCUGCUCAGUCUUGAGGAUCCCUCGCCAGAUCCGCUGAACAUUGCUGAGCUCGUAAAGGAGCAGAAGCCACUCAAGGCCAUAGACUUUUGUUACCACGACGAGGACGAUGAUGUCACUGUACUGGACUGCAUCACACUUUGUGUCAUGGUCGUCUCCUACUCUGCGGAGAGCACUCGUGGCUAUCAAAUGCUGAUCAUACUGGAGGCUAUCUUGCCCUGCUAUCUGCAACAGAUCCAAUCGCCCAGCUAUAUACCGCUGCAGGGAAAAUCAGAGCGAGAUAUAAUACUUCAGCUGGCUGUGGCCAUACGCACAAUGGUGCACAACUGCGAAGGUCUGGCCAAAAGCUACAAUGGGCCCUACAGAAACAGCCCGGAGCACAAAGGCUCUUCGCAGCGCAACUGCAGUCGCGGUCCUCCCUGCUCGCCUGGCAUGGACUUCGAAGAGGAGUCGCAUACUAAAUACGCUACAGAUCCGCGCACCAAAAAUAUGAUGGACUCUGCUGAGGAUUCUGAAAUGAUACGCACCGAGUACCGACGACCACGUGAUGUCCUGCUCUCCGUAGUAGCCGACUUUCUUACCAAGUCCACAGCACGCCUUGCGGAGCUGUCGAAGAAGCUGCCCAGUAGCGAAAGCAAGACAACCGAUGUGCUGGACGCCAAGGUGCACAUACGUCUGGCUGACAUAGCGCACUCGCUGCUGAAGGUGUCGCCCUACGAUCCGGAAUCCAUGGCCUGCCGCGGCAUUCAACUUUACAUGCAGUCAGUAUUUCCACGCGCGGAAUGGUCUAACGAUGCUCUAAGGAAUGCGCUGGUCACCGUGCUGCGUCGCAUUGACAAGGUCUUCCUCAAAAUAUCUAAGAAGCCCUCCAUACGCCGCAACACAGACUGGGAGGCAGCGGCUGGGCUGCUCAAGGGCAUACACGAGACUAUAGUAAAGCAUCCAUAUGUGCUUCAUUGGCAGCAGAUGAAGACGCUCAUAAGUACGGUGCAAAAUCUAAUUGUUAAUGAGCCGGGUUCGGGCAGCGGCAUGGAGGGCGUCUCCAGCGCAGGUGCAGCACUCAUGUCUCAGAAUCCGCCGGCCUUUUUCUGCUCAGCCGUGGUGCGUCUGGUGGCACUGCAGGUGGUCAGUCCCGUGGACUGCUUCUCGCUAGUACAAAUCUGCGGCGGCAGUGCCGAGUUUGCCACGCAGGAAAAGGCCGAAGGUUUUCUAAUGCAUCUGAUCAUGCCACUGUGCUUGAAGGUCUGCUCCGGUCGCGGCGUUUCCGAUGUAGGUGAGCUUAAAAUGACCGAUGUGACAUUUCUGCUCACCGCCGUGCUCAAUGCCAUGAGUCCGCCCGCUGGCCGCACUGGCCAAGCUGUGUCUCAAAUCAAUCGCGUCACUGGCGAUCUGCGCGCCGGCUCCCUGACCUUUACCGGCAGCCGGGAUGCCAAGCGACCAGCACGCAUCUCUGGCUCCCUUUACCAGGCUGCCUUUCUGGCGCUGCGCAUCGUCUGUAUCUGCUUCGAGGGUCGCCUCUCCAGCGAGUGGCCGCGGAUAGUGCGCGUUAUGCGUGACCUCGGCAGACGCAAUGAAGCUGCGCCCGAUCUCUGGAGCUUUAUGGAAUUUGUCGUUACACAUCGCACGCCUUUAUAUAUAGUCCUGCUGCCCUUCAUUCUGCACAAGGUGUCGCAGCCACCAAUUGGCGAUCACGAGCGCCACAUGCAGUUCAUCAUCAGAGAGCGCCUGCGUGGCACACCGCCGCAAGGUGGACUCAAAUCCAAGGGUGCGCUGCUGCUGGAGCUGGCCAGAGAGCUGCGUGACUUGCGCGAUGAGCUGGAGGAUAAACGAUACGUAUCCACAGAUCGCGAGAGCUCUGAGCAAAAGAAGAGCGACACGCCUGCUGCCACGAGUGCUGCCGAUGUGCACAAAUCCCAACAACGUCCUUCCCUAAUUUCCAUCUUUACAGGCACCACCACGGGCCAGGCAACGCACUCGCAUGUAUCCGCCGUGCCCAUUGACUCACGCAGCGGUUCUGGCGGCAUUUGCACUCCGAGCGAUACGCUUUCACAACAGACGCUCCAUCCACCUCGUGAAUCCUUAUCCAGCAGCUCCACUGGCCGUGAUCAUCACACCACCACUAGUGAGAGUCAUAGCGGUGAUGGCGCUGCAGGCUCUGCGCCUACGCUGGUGGGACAAGCUUCUGGCAGCGGCGCCAGUGGUUCAGGUGUCAUUACCGCAUCUGCCUUGCCGCCGGGUGUGGUAUCUCAGCUCUCACACUCGCAGUCGCUGCAGCAGGCGCCAUUUAAGGCGCAGCCUCCCAAGCUGCGUUUUGUGUCCUCCGUAGAGUUUCGCCACUCAUCCGGUGAAACCUCGACUACACCACUAUCGCCCGAGAGCCCCGCUGAGGACAGCUCGGGGGAUCAUACGCGUUCGCGCCUGCAGCGUUCCAAGGCAGCCAGCCGAAAGACAUUUCGUCUAAAGCGUCGCGGUCUGGCGCCACUAGAGCCACCUAGCAUUGUCACAUCGCAGACACAGGAGCAGGAGCAACAGAGCAAAGCUAUAGGCGAAAUCUCCUGGGACUCUGUGUCACAGACGUCCUCCACCUCGGGCUAUCGCGACAACAACAGUCUACAAACGGGCCUGCUAUCACCAGACGGUUCAUUGGGCGGUCUAACGCUAGGACGCUCACCCUCGCAGCAUUCGCUUUUAAUGGUCUUCGAGGGGCAGGACGAGGACACGCUUAUUUAACAAUCACAGAUCGGCGACCGGGCCUAUGAGCUUUAGGACAGCCAUAACUUAAUCAAAUGCCAUAGCCAUUAGUUAGUUUAAACAAUUAACAAUUAUUUACAACUAUACGUAGCCAAUGUUAAGUUUUUAUACGCAAAAACAAUCUUGUUGUUUUUCACAUUAUGUGCCCAGUUUUAUAUGUAGACAAUUAAUAAAUUAACUUGGUAGUUGUUCGAAAUUGUUA